AUGUCAGGUACCAUUCUCAAGAAUCAAUUAAAGGUACAUAUUUUAGGAGCAGGUGCUAUUGGGUCACUAGUAGCUCAUGACUUGAAACAAAAAUUUCCAACCUUAAUCAAACCAAUUCUAUUAUUAAAGCAAGAAUCGUUAGUUGAACCAUCUUUAAAUCACCCAAUCAAUGUUACACGUUUAGAUGAUGAUAACCAAGAGUUUAUUAGCAAAGUUGAAGUACAAGGGGUCAAACCUCAGCAUUUUAAAGAUACCAUUGAAAAUUUGAUUGUCACAACAAAGUCGUAUCAAACGUUACCAGCCAUCCGACCAUAUUUAUCACAUAUAUUGCCCAAUACAAAUAUCUUGUUUUUACAAAAUGGUAUGGGUGUAACAAACACUUUAAUUAAUAAGUACUGGUCUGACCAAGCAAGACCCAACAUAUAUGAGGGAAUUACUACACAUGGGGUAUAUGUAAAUAAUGGUAUAGUCCAUCAUGUCGGGAGAGGACAAAUAGCAUUGUCUACAUAUCCGGGAAAGUCUAAUGUAAAUGAUUUCCCGGCACUUAUUCAAUGCAUUCUAGAUACUCCUAAUUUGAAUGCAAAUCAUUACGAGUAUCCAAAGUUUUUAUUAAUGCAAUUGGAAAAAUUAAUUGUGAAUUGUUGUGUGAAUCCUUUUACUGCUCUUUUUGAUUGCAGAAAUGGUGAACUACUUUAUGGCAAUAAUUUAACGUUUACAUGGAAAAGGAUUAUCAAUGAGGCUAAACAUGUUUUUGUCAAAGAAUAUACUAUCCUAAAUACCAUACCAGACGCCGAUUCAUUUUUGAAUACUGAUCGACUUUUAAAGAGUGUUGUUGAUGUUUGUAAAAUUACUGCCAAAAAUAGUUCCUCAAUGAGGCAGGAUGUACGAAAUUUGAGAAAUACAGAAAUUCAAAAUUUAAAUGGGUAUAUUUCAUUUUUGGGACGCAAAUUGAAAGUCGGUACACCGGUCAACGAUAUGGUAACAAAUAUGAUUCUUAGUAAAAUCAAUAUAGACAGAGGUAUCGAUCGACAAGCUGCAGAUUCCUUGUCAAAAUUAUAA